GAGAGAAGAAGGAAAGAGGAGCCGUUUGACUUUAAGAGGAACAAAUGCAUCAAGGAAGUUGGAGGAAAAUACAUGGAAGGAAAAGACAAAAACUGGAUUUAUGCGUCAGGUAUUUCUCAGGUUCUGUUAGCCAGAAAAACUGAAAUCAAGCAAGUGGAAAAAAGGUUGGGGGAAAAGAAGACGUGGCUUGGUUUUUCUUGGCCAUUUUACCUGAAAAACAUCACAGAAAGAGGGAAAAACAUCAUGAAAAGGAUAAGAUGUUAUAAUAUCUUCCUCUGGGUUACUCUGCUCCUCUUCAGCCUGUGUCCAAACCCUGCCUCAUCACAGGGACAUUUCCCACGUAUGGAGAACAUUGCUGCCUUUAAACCCGUGUCCACCUCUCCGUCCCGCUCCACCUGUGGAGUUCCAGAGCGGAGCAGCUACUGUCAGUCGCCGUCCUCCCAGCCUGAGCUGACGACAUGUUAUCAAGCCUUUUGUGUCCAGGACUGUCCUUAUAGAUCCUCCACACCUCCCUAUGCCCCACUGCUACUGCCCGCACACAGGGGUUCCUGUGUAACUGAAGACAGUAAUGACACUCGACCUGGAACAGAGACGGAGACCAGAACCACUAACAGUUCAGAGGGGCUUCCUGGUGGAUCCAGUUCUGUGCUGUUUUGGCCAGUCCAGGAUGGAUGUCUGGUGUCUCCCCCCUCACAGAAACUAGGAGCUUUGGGUUCUCUCACCCUGGCAUUGUGGAUUAAACCAAGCUCUUCUGCAGAGAUGAUGCUGCUGGAGAAGAGCUCAAGGGAGCGGUUGUUUUUUUCUGUGACAGUGUCGGAGCAGGCGGUCACCCUGCGGUAUGGCCAGUCCAGCAGUCAGACUCCUCUCACCGUCAGCUUCAGAACAGAGGGGAGGAUUACACCAGACAGAUGGACACACCUUGUUCUACAGAUUCAUAACAGACAUGUGAGUCUAUUCCUGGAUGGGCUCGAGGAGGAUGGGACCCCGUUUGACACACAGCCUCUUAACGCCAGGCUCUCUGAUAUCAGUGAGGAUGGUGCCAUGUGGGUGGGACUCAGCUCCAAUGGGUCUAAUCAGUUCAUUGGGCGGAUGCAGGACUUUAGAUUUUAUCCUGCCACUCUGACCAACAGGGAAAUAGUUGAGGUUUACUCCGGUAUCCUGCCCGAGCUCCAUGCCCAGGCAGAGUGUCGCUGUCCACCCAGUCACCCCAGAGUGCACCCUUUAGUUGAGAGAUACUGCAUUCCCAACGCUGUUGAGGACACCACCAAUGACCGAGUCCUAAGGCUCAACCUAAAUGCCCAUCCACUCAGUUACAUCAACGAUCAGGACAUGGGCACCACAUGGCUUUCCAAGAUUAUGACUACACAGGAACUGGAUGAAGGACUCACUAUUAACAUGGAUUUGGUGAAUGGACAAUACCAGAUAUUCUAUGUUAUAGUUCAGUUUGGCGGGCUUCUGCCCGAGUCAGUUCUGAUCCAAAGACGGAGGCUUGACAUUGCAGAACUCGUGAGUGGCAGUGCCACAGAACAGCCCUGGUUGGACUGGCAAUAUAUGGCCAAAAACUGUAGCGUGUUUGAAAUGCAGAACAACGGGCCAUUGCUGGGGCCAGACUCAGUCAACUGUCUGCAGCUGUCCAGCGAUUUACCCUUCUCAGAGGGUAACAUCACAUUCAGCCUUCUGACCCCCGAGCCAAACCUGCGUCCGGGAUAUAACGACUUCUACAACACCCCCGCUCUGCAGAAGAUGGCACAUGCCACCCAGGUCAGAAUACAGCUGAGUGGACAAUCCCACAGCAGAGCAGCGGGGGUGAACCAGAGACACAGAUACUAUGCCAUCAAUGAGAUCACCAUCAGUGGCCGAUGUGAGUGUCAUGGCCAUGCAGACAACUGUGAUACCAGUGUGAAGCCCUACCGCUGUCUGUGUCUGCCUGAGAGCCACACGGAGGGGAACAAUUGCCAACGCUGUGCGCCUCUCUACAAUGACAAGCCAUUCAGGUCAGGUGAUCAGCUCCAGCCUAUGAACUGCCGGCCUUGUCAGUGUCACGGCCACGCCCUCUCCUGUCAUUACGGUGAAGGAGUCGAUGAACAGCCUGAUGAGUACUAUCGAGGAGGGGGAGGGGUCUGUGACAACUGCAUGCACAACACCACAGGUAAAAACUGUGAGCUAUGUAGAAGGGGAUUUUUCCGGCUGGAGGACUCUGAUCCCACUUCAGUGGAUUUGUGUCAACCUUGCAACUGUAACACUGCUGGAUCCGUCAACAGCAGCAAGGAGUGCUCCGAGGCAGGAGGUCAGUGUCAGUGUAAGGUCGCAGUUACAGGUCGUCGGUGUACAGACUGUUUACCUGGAUGGUACGGUCUUACUGCCUCAAAUCCAAACGGCUGCACCCGCUGUAACUGCAGUGACCUUGGCAUCAUCAACAACGCAACAGAAGGAGAUCAUAGUUGCAACCAGGACACAGGACUCUGCCGGUGUAAACUCCAUGUCACAGGUCUUUCCUGUGACCGCUGUGAGUUUGGUUAUUGGAACCUGUCCCACCCAGACGGCUGUGUCCCAUGUGACUGUGACCCCCUGGGCUCUUUCAGCCCGUACUGUGAGCCUGAGGGGGGACAGUGUGAGUGUAAGCCUGGGGUGGGGGGGCAGCACUGUGAUUCUUGUGGCAGGGGUUCAUAUGGUUUACGACUGGAGGGAUCCUGUGCCCCCUGCAACUGCUCACAAGAAGGGACAGUACCUGGGACGGACUGUGAUCUUCACACAGGACAGUGUGUGUGUAAGGAUCAUGUCGAAGGCCGGCGCUGUGAAGUUUGUCAUCACGGUUACCAUACAUUGGAGCAGCGAAACUCCCUGGGCUGUCUGCCGUGUGCAUGUGACAUCCAUGGCACCGUGCCGGAGGGUGUAUGUGAUAUGUGGACCGGACAAUGCCCGUGCCGAGAAGGGGUGGAGGGAGCAAGGUGUACCAACUGUGCCCACAACUACUACAACAGAAACGUGUUGUCCCAGGGCUGUGUACCAUGUGUCUGUGACCUCAGAGGGAUAGUGUCGGGGUCAGUCUGUGACAGCACCACAGGGCAGUGUGUUUGUGUCCCAACACGCUAUGGAAAGGACUGCAGUAGCUGCCGACCUGGCUUUUACCUCUCUCCAGAUCAGAGUGUGUGUGCGGAGUGUGACUGCCAUCCUAUGGGAGCAGCGCAGCGUGGUUGUGGGAGCCAGACAGGACAGUGUGUGUGUGUCCAUCCUUCAGUGGGAGGGCGGCGCUGUGACCAGUGUCGUGAGAUGUUCUUUGGAUUCAACCCUGGCCUGGGAAGAUGCGAGCCUUGUGCAUGCGAUCAGGCGGGCAGUGUCAAUGGUUCAUGUCAUCCAGACUCUGGGAUGUGUGGUUGUAAGCUGCUGGUAACUGGAGACAAGUGUAAUAAAUGUCAACCCGGAGCGAGUCAUUUCGACCCUGACAACCACUUCGGCUGCAGUAAAGAACCUUUACAGCAGCCGGCACCAGUGGGUUUCGCUCUCAGUUAUUCUUCCAUCCGUCUCUCUUGGCACCCACCUGACUCCCCAAACUCCAACAGACUCAACUACACACUCAUCAGGGGUGGACAGUCUGUGCAUAGCAUCCAGAGUCACUAUCCUUUCAGCCCUGAAUCAUUUGAAGACACUGGUUUGUUUCCUUUCAACAACUAUUCUUACUGGGUAAUAACAGCUAAUGUGGUCGGUGCCGCAAUAAGUGCAGCGACAUCAUACCAAACUUUAGGUGCACCCCCCGAAGCAGAACAGCUCCAUUUAAACCUUGUGGGACGAGCCGGUCCCACCACCGCUAGCUUUAACUGGAGCACACCAAGGAAUGAUACAGGCCCAGUGGAGAUGUUUGUGUUAUCCUCCAGGGAGUUUGGUGGAGCAGAGCCUGUCAUUCACUACACUGGCUUAUCAACAGAGGCUGUGGCAAGCGGCCUAAAUCCUUUCACCCAAUACACAGUUACACUGGAGGCAUGCUCUUCUGGGGGGUGCACAUCUACCCCACAACUGUCUGUUCUGACGGCCUCGGCCCCCCCACAAAACCAACCACCACCCAGAGUCACUGCUACAGGACCUCAUACACUAAAUGCUUCCUGGGACCCUCCCAGUCAGCCAAAUGGUGUAAUCACAAGGUAUGAGGUAUUUCUACGUGGACCGGUGGAAACACAGAACUUUUCAGGUCCGGCUGAUGAGAAGAGAGUAUUUGUCAGCGCUGGAUGGCUGGAUCUGAGCGUUUCUCCAGAGGCACAUCUAACCAAUACGAGCACAGUCCCCCCCCCUGAAAGCAGCACCACUGUAGACGAUCUGGUGGCGUUUUCCACCUAUCAGAUGAGACUCGUGAGCAUCAAUAUGGCAGGAAGUGUCACAUCAGGUUGGACCACAGCACGCACAAUGGAGGGAGUCCCAGAGUUGAUUGCUCCUCCGGAAGUGUCGGCCUUGUCCUCCACCAGCCUGAAAGUGGUUUGGAGCUCUGCUGAAGGUCAAGGGGUCAUCGCCCGCGGACAGGUCACUGAAUAUCGGGUCAACUUACUCACAGAACAGACCAACAAUCCCUACGCUCCUCCAGUUAUUAGUAAGGUCUUACACAGGGUGGGCCCAUCGUCACCACCUGUUUAUGUAGUGAACGGACUGAAGCCUUACCAUGUGUACAACUUUACAGUUACAGUCUGCACAAAGACAGGUUGCAUUUCCAGUCUGCCAAGCACAGGACGUACCCUACCAGCAGCUCCAUCAGGACUGUCUCCACCUCUCUUACAUCCAGUCAAUGAUACCACCAUUCAGAUAGACUGGGACCCCCCAGCCCAGCUCAAUGGACCACUCCCACUGUAUCAGGUGGAGAGGAUAGACGUCUCUCUCUCUGAUCCAUGGGGUCCUGUUGUCAGAGGAACCAGAUUCUCAGGAAACAGUUACUACCAGUUUCCCAGUGACACCCUUCCUGUCAACACUGACUUCACAGGUGUUGAGUUGAGUUUCAAGACUCGGUCCCCAGACGGCCUGCUGCUCUGUGCCUUCUCUCCAGGAAAUCAGGAAGAGUUCCUCGCUGUUCAGCUCAAAAAUGGACGUCCCUACUUUUUAUUUGAUCCACAGGGCUCUGCUGUGGCUGUGAGUGUACAUGGUGAUGGAGGGCGCCGCUACAAUGAUGGACAAUGGCACAGCAUCAUAGCAACAAGGCGAGGGGCCGUGGGAACAAUCGUUGUAAACAAUCAAUACAGAGGAAGUGCAUCAGCAUCCAGUGGCAGCACCAUUAUUGGUGAAAACACAGGGAUGUUCAUUGGCGGGCUGCCUGAAGACUUUACUUUGUUAAGGGAGGACUCGGGUGAUGCCCGGCUAGUGCGACAGGGUUUCUCUGGUUGCCUUAGAGACGUGAGUUUUAAGAUGACUGACAGCCCCUCGGAGGACUGGAAAUCUCUGGACUGGGCAAAAGCCAUAAUGAAGGAGUCGGUGUAUGAAAGCUGGGAGGGAUGCCCUAUUCAAACUGUGGAUGGAGCCCAUUUUCUGGGUCAUGGUUACCUGGAAAUGGACAGAGAUGUAUUCAGUGGAGGGCAGGACUUUGACAUUUCUAUGGAUUUCAGAACGGACCAGCUCAAUGCACUUUUGUUCUUUACAUAUAACACACAAACUGAAGACUACAUGCUGGUGGAGCUAGAAGCCGGACUCCUCUCCUUAAUUCUUGCGUUUGAAGGUCACGUGACUGAACUAAGCAUGUGGGUGGGGCUGAGUUACUGCGAUGGAGACUGGAAACAGUUUUCAUUGGCAAAACAUGGCCCGCUCCUUUCUGCUGCAGUCAAUGACUGGGCAGAGGAGACGAGGGGAGUGGGAGGAGCACUGAGGCUGAGAGUUGACUCCCCGUUAUAUAUAGGGGGCGUGCCCAGGGAGCUUAUCCACCCGGCUCUGGACAGUCGAAGUCACAAACAUGGCCUGGGAGGUUGCAUAAGGCGUCUCACCGUACGCAGCGAUGAAACAAACCCUCCUGUCAGUCAAAGUGUUAAUCUCUCUGUCGCCUCCCGCCGUUCUGUAAGAGUCUACUUAGACGGCUGUCCCAACAGUGAGAGCGGGUACAACUGCAGAGGAAAUGAUUCAGUGUUGGUGUACAGUGGGAGUAAAACACAAGCCACAGAUUAUAACCUUCAGCCUUUCACUGAGUACCUCUACAGGAUAGUGGCCUUGGCUGCAGGAGGUUGGGCAGCAGGGCCUUGGCAGAGGGGACGCAGCCGAAACAAAGUUCCCAGGUCUGUUCCACCUCCUACCUCUGUGCAAAGUGUGAAAGGCUUCAGUGCCAAGGUGAGCUGGGCGCCGCCCGCUGGGGACAUCAGAGGCCUGAUUGACAGAUAUGAGUUGAAUGCCUACAAUAGAGAUCAGCCAGAAGUGCCGCCUGUCAAAGCCAUAUACCUGGCGAAUGGAAAUUACACAGGUGUCCUGCCGGGUCUCACUCCAUCCACUCGAUACAUUAUCACUGUUAGUGCCUGUAGUCCCGCUGGCUGCACUGAGAGUCUUCAUGAUGACAACCGUGAUGAAAAUGAUCUGAGAUCGAGUCUGACAACCCCAGAGGAAGCUCCAGAUGCUGUCUCUCCUCCGGCUGCAGACUCAUCCCCUUCGUCCCUCUAUAUGACCUGGGAAUCUCCCACAAGACCCAAUGGAGUCAUUACGGAGUACCUGCUAUAUCACAACAACCAAAUGGUCUACAGGGGGAAAGAACGACGACACAACAUCACUGGUCUCGGUGUGUAUUCCACCCAUGUCUUGGAACUGAGUGCAUGCACUUCAGCGGGCUGCACCAACAGUUCACAAGUUACAUUGCUGACCUCUCAGCUUCCUCCAGGGCCGCUACUUGCACCAACGCUCACCCUGCUUGACUCACGGACAAUUCUGGUGGAGUGGUCACAUCCCUCUCAGGUAAACGGAGCUCUGGAGUUUUAUUCCCUCUUCCUGUCACAUGACGGUGCGGAGCCUGUGCUCAGCUACAACAGCUCAGAACUUUUUGAAGACCAUACCCUCCGCGACCUUACCCCUGGAACAGCUUACACCAUCACACUCGCUGCCUGCACAGGAGGUGGAUGUACUUUAAGCCCCCCCAGCCAGGCUCAGACUGAAGAGAGCACCCCGGAGAACGUUCCUGCUCCACUAGUCACACCUCUGUCCCCACAUGCACUCAACGUCAGCUGGACAGCCCCUGAUACACCAAAUGGCAUUAUAACCAGUUAUGGCCUCUGGCUGGAUGGACUGCUCAUUCUAAACUCCAGUUCCUCGCAGAGGUUCUUCGUGGUGGAGGGCCUCUCUCCAUGGAGCCGACAUGUCCUCCGGCUGCAGGCCUGCACAGCACGGGGCUGUGGCAAGGGGCCGAUGAUGGAGAUACGUACAUUACAGACAGCCCCAGAAGGCCCCAUACUGCUGGAACUGACCAAUCAGAGCUCUCGAUCACUCCGAGCCCGCUGGACUGCCCCACCUAGACCGAACGGGGACCUCAGCUACACACUGUACUACAAAAGCAAAGAUGGUGAUGGUGUGGUGGACGGGAGCAUGGUGACAGGCAGCUGGUUGUCUGUGACUGAUCUACAGCCUUACACCAACUACAGCUUCUGGAUCAGAGGUUGUAACACACAGGGUUGUGUUGAGAGUCUGCGACUCAAUGUUACUACAACCCCAGCAGCCCCAGAUGGGUUGUCACCUCCGAGUUUGACCCAUGCAACUAGUUCCAGCCUGAAUGUAUCCUGGUCGGCCCCUGCACACUCCAAUGCACCGGGCCCACUCCGUUACUGUUUGCAAAUGAGGACAUCCCCUCAGAGGCCUGGUGUAAGGCUUGUGGAAAACGCAACAGACACCUUUUCCUACCAUGUAGAGGGCCUAUCACCGUUCACCCAGUACGUGUUCAGAGUGGUGGUCUCACACACACAUGGGCAGACCGUCGCCUGGGCAACCCUUCGCACCGCUGAGGACAGUCCAGGACCGGUGGACCCUCCAGCUGUUUCAGGGCUGCAUCCCCGAAGUGUAACAGUUACCUGGGUUCCUCCCUCCAAACCAAAUGGCAUUAUCACUAAUUACACCUUGUCCCUUUAUGCGAGCUCCAUCUCUUCUUUAGAUUUCAAACCCAGCUCAGUCUCCAGCAUCAGCACGACCCUCAGCUCCACGUCAGGUCAUAACCCGAGCCCAUUGCCCAGCACUGAGGCUGCACAUCUCAACUCAAGUCAUGACUCCAGUCCAACAUCUAAUCCUACCACCCCAGACUCAAGACAUGUCUCCAUGUCCGCCAUCAACACAGACAGUAAUAACAGCUCAAGCACUAUCCAAGGCACAAGAACAAAUCUGGUCCCUAACUCGUUCUCUAGCAUGAGGCCUGGUAUCACAGAGGAAAACCAAAUUGAGUCCACUGACUCAUUCCAAAGCCCUACUUCCAGUUUAUAUAGUGCAGCAUCAGAUUCAAGUUCAUCCCUCCUGUCAGUCAUUGUUCCCGGGAACACCACCAGCUACUCUUUCCUCGCUCUGCUGCCAUACCACACCUACCGCCUCCAGGUGGACGCGUGCACCAGUGUGGGUUGUUCAGUGUCUGAGAUGUCUCAGGAAUUUCGUACCCUCCAAGCUCCACCUGAAGGGGUACCUGCGCCUCACCUCUACUCGGACACCCCCACCUCUGUUCUUUUGUCCUGGGGAGCACCGGAGUGGAGCAAUGGGCCAUUAGAGCGGUGGCUGAUUGAGCGAAAAGUUGCUGGGACCAAACAAGUCUCCACGGUGGGCCAUCUCCCCCCAGACCCUCCACCUCUGUCUUUCUUGGACUCUUCAUCAGCCCUCAGUCCCUGGACCAGCUACCAGUAUCGGCUUGUGCUCCACAAUCAGGCUGGCAACACCACCGGGCCCUGGGUCAAUAUCACCACCAGACCUUCUCGUCCAGCUGGACUCAAUCCACCAAGAGUGAAGGUUUUGGGGCCGGAGUCACUUCAGGUCACAUGGUCUCCUCCUCUUAUUCCCAACGGAGAAAUCCAUGGCUAUGAGAUCCGCCUCCCAGAACCGUGCAUCUUCCAUGACAGUGGCAAUGCUUCUGAGCUCAACAUCACAAUAACGGACCUUAUUCCAUACACAAACUACAGUAUUACUUUGUUGGCAUGUUCUAAUGGCAAUGGACAUGUUGGGGGAUGUACAGAAAGCCUGCCCAUGCCCGCUUCUACAUUACCCACAAUCCCUGAAGGCCUUCAACCUCUGUCUGUAGUGGCAGUGAGUGAGUCCUUCCUGGCUAUUUCCUGGCAACUACCAAGCAGGCCCAAUGGACCUAACAUCAGAUACAAGUUGCUCAGACGUAAAACCCACCAGCCCCUGGCCAUCGCCACGGUCCCCACGGUAACAGCCGUGUCCCCUCCCCCCUCUGAAGAUCUCCAUCGCUGGCUCCAUGUUUACUCCGGCACCAAAUUGUUCUACCAAGAUAAAGGCCUAAGCAGAUUCACCCGUUACCAGUACCAGUUAGAGGUACAUAAUGACGUGGGCUACUCUUCAGGAGAGGUUGUUGAUGCUGUCACCAUGGCGGGGGUUCCCCACCACCCUCCGUCUCUGUCUGCCCACACUGUCAAUCACACUGCUGUACAGGUCGACUGGACUCAACCCUCUUUGCAAGACCUACAGGGAGAGGUGGAUUGGUACUUUCUGACAAUAGCGUCUGCACAGUCAAGUCAAAAUGUGUCCUUCCCCCGUGAGAUCAUCUCCACAGUGAUAGGUGACCUUUGGCCUAGUACCACAUACAUGUUGUCAAUGCAGGUGUCCAACGGAGCACAUAAUACAACUAAGGCAUCAGUGAACGUCACCACAGAGGAUGGAGAGCCAGAAGGGAUGUCGGCCCCAGAGGUGGUUCCAGUUAACAGCAGCACAGUGCGUGUGCUCUGGUUCCCUCCUCUCCAGCCCAAUGGAGCAGUUACUGGUUACUACAUCUACCUUAAUGACCGUCUCCAUGGCAGUGUAGACAACAGCUCAGGAUCUUACCUGCUCGGUGACCUGCUGCCUUUUACUGUCUACAAUGUUCAGGUAGAGGUGUGUACUGUGUAUGCAUGUGUGCGGAGUAAUGUUACUCAAACAACCACUGUGGAGGACCUGCCUGCUGACCUGGCCCCGCCACACGCACAUGUGAUCAGUCCCAGAGUGGUGAGGUUGGACUGGUCUCGUCCAGGCCGACCCAGUGGGAUCAUGCUGGGCUAUGAUGUCCUAAGACGGACCCUGAGGUCAUGUGCCGUCACAGGGGCCACUGCAGGGGAAGGGUCGGGUGGUGUGAAGUUCAGAUGUUCAUACCUGCAGUGUCCUGCCUCUUAUGGUGUUUGCGGGACGUCCUGCUUCCAACCUGACAAUCAGGUUUGCUGCAGUGGAUUAUUGUACACUCAGAAAGCACAUCAUCAUUGCUGCGAGGGCAGUUACCUGACUUUGAGUAAUUCCUCCAGUCCGGUCUGCUGCGAUGGCAAACUGCUCCCAGCUCUCCCUGACCACCAGUGCUGUGGAGGAUACUAUGUUCAUGUAAAAACCAGUGAGUAUGAGAACUGCUGCCCUGACCCCUCGCAGGGCCGGGUCUCUGUGGGGAUGGGUGACAGCUGCUGUGGGGGGGUUCCUUAUUCCACAAAAGGCGGCCAGCUCUGCUGUAGUGGGAGCCUCCAUGACGGCUUUGGGGUCCGAUGCUGUGGAGGCCAGAUUGUAGAUGAUACACUGGUGUGCUGCGGUAAUGCCCAGAGGGGGGAAGUGCAUAUAUAUACUCCAGGCUUCAUCUGCUGUGGUCAGGAGUAUAUCAACUCUUCAACCUCCCUUUGCUGUGUUGGUAAAGACGGAAAUCCCACAAUGCAUCCUGCUGGCAAUGAGACGGUGACACUGCAGUGCUGUGGGUCAAAGGUCAUACACCAGGAAGAGGAAUGCUGCAAUGGGAUUGGCUAUGACCCUCAACGACACGAGUGUGCUGACAAAGCCACACCUGGCCUGCUGAUAGAGCACCAGUGUAUGCAGGGCGCCAUUUGUCCCUUAGCCGCAGCCUCUACAGCUUACUGUGGCUCCUGUGACCUCGAUCCAUCUACCACUGCCUGCACAUGGCUCCUGUCUGCUCACACACCGCCUGACAUACCCAACACAACAGACUCACCUUCCAUCAACAUCACUCAUGAACCUCUCUCUCAGGGUCUGUCUACACAUGCAAACAGAAGUCAUAACACAUUCAAAACAUACAGUCACACCCAUGAUCAGAACCUGCAACCUGAUGGAAGCCUGUGCGCGUCACAUGAGGAGGUAGUGUACAGUGAAGAUGCCAGCAGAUACACCUACACAGACUCAGACCUGGAGCCCUUCACCACCUACGUGUACAGAGUGAGGGGCUUGAACAGCUUCGGACGGGGCUCCAGUGAUGUUACAACAGUGACCACCAGUGAAGACAAGCCUUGGGGAGUGGCCCCGCCCCGCUGGAGCCGCCUAGGUGAACGAGAUGACAUCAUUCAGUUGCAAUGGCAAGCACCCGCCAGGCCUAAUGGUGACAUCACCCACUAUGUUAUACUGCGGGAUGGACAGGAGCGUUACCGUGGUGAUGAAACUAGUUUCACUGAUGUGGGCGGGAUCAAGCCAUUCCAGGAGUUCAGCUACCAGCUGAGGGUCUGUAAUCGGGCCGGUUGUACUGACAGUACACAGGUGGUGGCAGUGACAAUCCAGGGAGUCCCAGAGGGGGUGCAGCCUCCUGUGGUAACAGCUUUAAGCCCUUCCUCCCUCCAUGUAAGCUGGUCUGAAACGACUCGUCCCAAUGGAAAAAUACAGCGCUACCACCUGAACCAGACUGAUGUUGGAACCAUAUUUACACACAUCACUGGGCCCAGCAAUUAUACUGAGUUUGGUCUGCAGCCGUACACAGACUACAGUUUUGUGCUGGUGGCCUGCACAGCUGUGGGAUGUGGAGCCAGCUCACCUUCCACAGGACGCACCCUGCAAGCCUCCCCUGCUGGUGUAUGGUCAAGUCCCAGACAUCUUAUAAUAAACACAUCUGCAGUGGAGCUGUACUGGGAUCAGCCCCCCCGACCUAAUGGACACAUCUCCCAGUACAGACUGAAGAGAGACGGUCACACUAUUUUUACCGGAGACCACCGUGACCAGAAUUAUACCGACACUGGACUCGUGCCAAACCGCAGGUAUGUGUAUGAGCUGGAGGCCAGCACAGGGGGUGGGACUGGUGUGAGUGACAAAUAUGUUAUACAAACACCAGUGUCCUGUCCCACUGGGAUCCAACCUCCCCACAAUGUGACCGUUUUGGGCCCUUACUCCAUCUCUCUGGCCUGGACCUCUCCGGCUCAGCUCUACAGCAGUCAGCCUGUAAACUACAACAUCCUGUUAAAUCCAGGAAGUGACCACGCUUUAAUGCAUCAUGCUGGCCCCGACCUACACCUCACUGUGACAGGUCUACAGCCAUUCACCGCCUACUACAUCAGAGUGCAGGCCUGUCAAAGUGAUGGGUGUGGAGUUGGAGGGGGUGUGUAUAUUCGUACCUUAGCGACCGCCCCAGAAGGUCUGCUGCCCCCCACUGUGCAGGCGGCUGGAGCCAGUGUCCUGGAGAUCCAUUGGUUACCCCCACAAAAACCCAAUGGAGUCAUCACAUCUUACCAUAUAUACAGGCGUCCAGUAGGAACAGAGGAGGAGCUGCUGGUUUUUAUCUGGUCCAGUGGGCCACUUGAAUUUUUCGAUGCCAGCCCCGCCCUGCGCCCCUUCAGCUUCUUCCAGUACAGGGUCCGCUCCUACAACUCCAAAGGCUCCGUGCUGAGCCAAUGGGCUUUAGCUCAAACCCUGCAGGCCGAACCACAACAUAUGGCCCCUCCCACUGUCACGCCCACUGGUGCAUACUCAGCCCAUCUGAAAUGGAGGGAACCGGGGCAGCCCAACGGUCUCAUUUCCCAUUAUAGACUGGUUUACAAGAAGCACCAACAGGACCCAACGCUCAACUCAACUGCUGUUACUGCUCUCACUGUGGAGGGUUCAGUCUUAGAAGCAACAGUCUAUGGUCUUGAACCGUACAGUCAGUAUAGCCUACGAGUGGAAGCUGUGAACGAGGCAGGUAACGUGUCCAGUCGCUGGGUAUCCAUCAGGACUCUGGAGGCUUCUCCUGCUGGCCUGGCUAACUUCACGGUGGAGCAGAGAGAGCAGGGACGGGCGUUACUGCUCAGCUGGGAUCAGCCACGUGCUCCUAAUGGAAUUAUCAGGAUGUACAACUUGUACAGUGAGGGGAACCUGGAGUUCAGCGGCCUAUCACGCAACUUCCUGUUUCGCCGUUUGGAGCCAUGGACCAUGUAUACUUUGACUCUUGAAGCUUGCACCUUAGCAGGCUGCACACGCACCCUGCCUCAGCAUGUCACCACCGCAGCAGCUCCACCUGCUUCUCAGCCCCCUCCCAGGCCUCUGAUGGUUGGCCCAGACCGUGUUUCCCUUACCUGGGGCCCUCCCUCUCAAACCAACGGGCCAAUCGAAGAGUAUUUUUUAAUUGGGAGAAGUCUGGAGGAAGUAGUGACGGACAGAAGUAAUGAAGAGGAUGUUGACAGAGGAAAGGUACUGUUCAGACAAUCAUCCCCACAACAGGCUAACAUACAGUAUACAGUGACUGGUCUGCGUCCCUGGACACAGUACGAGUUCAGUGUCCAGACUCACAACUCUGCCGGACACACCCGCAGCCCCUGGGUAGCUGUUACAACCAAACAGGCCCCCCCUCGUGGUCUGGCUGCUCCGACAGUGAGUCACCUCCAAGGCCAGCCCAGUAAAGUGUUGGUUGCCUGGUCUCCUCCUUUGGAGCCCAAUGGGAUACUUCAGUCCUACAGGAUUCAGAGAAACAAUGUCAGCUUCUCAUUUAGUUUUGACCCCACUGUGCUCGGCUACACCGAUGAAGACCUCCUGCCGUUCUCAACAUAUAGCUACUCCAUUAUAGCCUGCACGUCUGAAGGUUGCAUCACCAGCCCUCACACAAACAUCACAACUCUGCAGGCUCCACCUGCGACAGUGGAAGCUCCCGCAGUGGACAGCAUCACAUCCAACAGUUUGAACAUUUCCUGGAGUAAACCACUGACACAGAAUGGAGAGGUCACUGAAUACGUGCUGAAACUGAACAACCAGGAAGCUUAUCGUGGGAUAAACCUACACACAGUGUUGUCAGAUUUGCAGCCACACACGUCAUAUCAUCUGGUCCUUUCAGCUUGUACCAGCGGUGGGUGCACCACCAGUGACCAGAUAUCUGUAGUGACACAGGAGGCUCCUCCCACUGGCCUGACCGCCCCGACUCUUAAGGUCACUGGUCCAGAAUCAGUGGAGGUUAGCUGGAGACAACCAGAGCACCCUAAUGGCAUCAUCACGGGAUAUGAACUCCGCAGAGACGGUGAGGUUAUCUAUGUCGGCACAGAGAGUCACUACAACGACUUUACACUUUUGCCAAGCGUUGAAUACAGCUACGUUGUGAGGGCCAACAACAGCAGAGGUGCAGUGAGCAGCGCGGCAGCCACAGCAAAGACUCACCCGUCAGCUCCUUCCGGUGUCAGUCUUCCCACACUGACACCUCUGGGACCAAGCCAGUUGAGGGUAGAGUGGAGUACUCCGGCCCGUCCCAAUGGAGAGAUUUUGAGUUACACCGUGCAUCAAAGAGAUCCAGUCCAUCUCAGCAGCACCAGCACUGUGUUCACUCCAGAGGACGGUGACUUCUCUGCCCGACACACCACUCUGCAUGGGCUGGCUCCUUACCACAGGUAUGAGGUGAGGGUGGAGGCAUGCACAGCGCUCGGCUGCUCCGCCAGUGACUGGUCCUCUGUACUCACUCUGGAGGCUCCCCCUGCUGGACAAACAGUGCCACUGCUAGACCUCCAGCCUGACUCACACACAGGCCUGCAGACCACCUUUCUGCUCACCUGGUCCCCUCCAGCUCAGCCUAAUGGUAGAGUCCUUCACUACGAAGUGUAUCGCAAACUGGACCAUACCACUGAUACCCUGGGACGUGAAGCAGCGACACUUGUCUACUGGAAUACCUCUACCACUUGCAGAGAUGGAGCACUCCAGCCAUAUACUGUAUACCAGUACCAGGUGUGGGCGGUGAAUUCGGCUGGCCGUUCUGCCAGUCCUUGGGCCAAUGGGAGAACAGGACCUGCCCCACCUGAGGGUGUAGGCACACCUAUUUUCCUGCGUGUUUCAGCAACCUCAGCAGUAGUGAGCAUCCGCCCUCCAGCCCGACCCAACGGGAUUGUUAGCCUUUACAGAGUGUUCUCAGUGAACCACAACAACCACACUCUGCUCUCAGAGGGGACUUCCCAUCAGCAGACACUCCAUGGUUUACGUCCUUACACCCAGUACUGGGUAGGAGUAGAGGCCUGCACCUGUUAUCAGUGCUGUAGCCAGGGUCCACUGAGAGAGCUGCACACCCUGGCUGCCCCCCCGGCACACCAGCCUCCUCCUCGCCCCGUCACCCUCACCUCCCGCUCUGUGCAGCUGGAGUGGGAUGAGCCUCUGGCACCUAAUGGAGUCAUUGAGAGCUGUGAGCUACAUCUCAGAUCCCCUUGCCCGCAGCCCCUCCAGCCUGUACCCCUCCCUUGCGUUGGAAGACCGAUAGAAAUCGUUUUUUUCGGCAAAAGGCAUGGCUACAAUGUGACAGGUCUCCAGCCAUACUCAACCUACCAGCUGAGGGCUGCCUGCUUCAAUAACAUGGGCAGCACUGCCUCCAACUGGACGACAGUUACCACACUCAGCGAAGCCCCCCAGUAUGUGUCUCCUUUCUCGGUGGGCAGCAACCUGACAGUUAUCUGGCUGGACUGGACAGAGUCCUUCUCCCUGAAUGGGUACCUAAAGGAGUUCAGUGUGACAGAGAGCCAGCUGAGGGUCUACACUGGCUUCUACAGCUAUCUCUAUAUUCCACGCAUCUCGCAGAAAACUCUGUCAUUUCAGGUGACGUGUACCACAGACAGUGGCAGUGCCAGUACUCCCACCAUCAGAUAUAGCCCUGCCACAGGCCUAGGUCCGGUUGAGCCCGAAGACAGUGGUAAAGAGGGUGUCAGCCUUUCAGCAACACCAGUUUACUCUGAGCUGUGGUUCAUCUUGUUGUUGUCUCUGCUGGGUCUGUUUCUGCUCGCCCUCCUGCUGGGCCUGGUGCUCCAAAGAGCCCUGAGGAAAAAUCCCUCAGCCAGAGAGCGCCCCCAGCUGGUCAUGCUGCAGAAGACCAGGAAGGCUGCAGGAGAGAUGUACACGGGGUCCUGUCCUGAGUUGUGCUCUAAACACCUCUCCAGCUCUGUGUUCCUCCCUGACCGUCCCACAGGUCUGACAGACACAAAGAUCGUGGGCAGCCCCAUGUCUGUCCUGCGGGUCCCGAGCCAGACAGACCUCGGUCAGGCCUACUCCCAGCAUUCCUUGCACCGUAGCGUCAGUCAGCUGAUUGACAGGAAGUCACUGAUGAUGGAGGAAGGAAGCUGGGACAACCCAAUGGGACAUGAUUCUGGACUGUACGUGGAGGAGGAUGAGUUUGUGGACGCCAUCAAGGCCUUAAGAUCUGGGAAAAAGGAGCACACCAUGUUCACUGACACUCAUCUUUAGAAACCCUACGUCUAAUCAGGUAUCACAGUCACCAUUUAAACCUAGUUUUAAACCAAAACAUAAAUCGUAUUCAGUAUCAGCUGAAGACCAGGCUUAAGACAAUAAUUGACAAUGCUUGAAAUAUGAAAUGUUAUUCACCAUUGAUAAACAAUAAUUGCUUUGAAUUUGAAGUUUCUAAUUUUAAUGAUAAAACAAAAUCAGAUUCAGAGACCUGAUGGGAAGGGGAUGAUAAUGUUGAUUAACUGCAGCGUUCAUCCCAGACUAAUCCAGUGUAUGACUUCCUGUUGGGACUAAUAGUCUGAACUGGAGUGAGGGAAGACCUCAAACAUCCAUGAAAACACUUCAGAUAUGAACCCGUCAGCUGUGAUUGUGUAGGCUAUGAGUCAUACAGCUGCAUAGCUCAUGAGUAACCGUAUUUGGAUUGUAUUUAUACAAUAUUAUUUAUCUUAAAUCCCGCUCGUGAAGAACCAGAUUGAAGGUUGUAAAUGAUUGUAUUACUGUGUCUGCCUGCCAACUGUUAGUAUAUUUUUUUUAAAGAGGAAUAUCAGCUAAAGCAGAUUUGUUGUUCUCACUAUUAAGAUCUAAACAAAUAAUAUCAAAGGUUUCAGUCACCUCUCCUGCUUCAACACGUUGUUGUGCCUAGCAAUCUUUUAGGUGUAAAAAGACACAUGGCCUUGGUGUUAGUUUUAUGAACAAAAAAAUGCCAACAGUUUUUUUUAUUAUUAAUGUGUUAAAAUGUGGCUGGGAAUCACAGAUGUGCCGUCUGACUGUUGUUAUUAUGUGAUGUAACUUGAGAGCCCGACCUGAGAUUUUUUUUACAGUAUCAGUUGUUGAUGUACGAUUUAAAUUGACAAGAAACUAUAUAGAGAACUUGUUUAAAUGUAGUGAGGCUGAAUGUGUUUGGUUUCAUAGUUUAGCGGUCAGACUCAGUGUUGUUUAUCCGUGGCUUAAUUAGUUUUAUCAAGAAUGCGAUCAGCUUCAGAAGGAUAAACAGAUCUCAGCUAUUUCCUGUGUUGGUGUUACAGCAGGAAUGAAACUCUGUGUUUGUGUGGACUCCACAGAUCUGGCCUUUUUAAUGUUCAGAAGCUAAACAUGACAGAGACAGUAUUUAGGAACAUGUUGAGUUUUGUGUGUUAAGCCUUCUGUAUUGUUAUAAUAACAUUUCUUUUUUACACUGGCAGUAUUAUUUAUGGUUGUUGUACAAAACAAGUCUUAUUUAUAGAUUAUUCAUUGAUCAAUGUUUGUGUUUUUUUUUGGGAGAAAUUAUAAAUAAUGGUCAAGAAAAAGAAAGUUCUACUUGUUUUCUUACAUUUGUUCUCCUCAAAGCAAACGGUUUCAGCAUGACUGUUUCUCCAUUAUAGAUUCCUAUAUGUGUUGCUCCUCUUAUAUCAAUUUACUGUAUCUGUUAAACUUGUAUGUACAUUUUCAUGGCAAGUAUAGUUUCUUUUUUUUAUUCUAGCAUAUUGUUUUAUGCAACAUUUGUUUCCUACUUUUUAUUUUUUGAUAGUACAAACAUUAGGACGGUGUUCCUAUGAAAAUGAAAACAGAGAAAAGUCAGUGUUUAAAAAGCAGCAGCUCUGAAGCAGAAAACAAUUCCAUCUUCAACUUGAGAUUAACUUGAGAGUUGAGCAAUAUAUAAAUCAUCUAUCAAUAUUGUCUUAGAUUUUGAACAUAGUAACAUGUCUUUUCCUGGUUUUAAAGAAUGCCUUUCAGUAAAGUAAUGUUGUUUUGUAUU